AGGUUGUAUAAACCUGUGACACCGAGCAGAGGAAUCAGCCUCCUUCAGGAGAUUCCAGCCAAUCGGAAUUGUGCGUCUGCUCAUAUUGACCUCCAUUGGUGUUCAUGUUUAGUGCAGAGUAAGGUGGACCCAAACAGUGAUAAUAUAAAAACCAUGGAGGACCAACUUCUUCGUUUUAUCAAUGAUCUGACUCUUCCAUUGAGGGACUCAUGUCAUGAGCUGUCAAUUCAUAAAAUAAAAUCUGCAAAUUUAAUAAGUCCUAAUGAAAAGGUUUUGAAAUUUAUGAAAACGGUGGAUGCUGAUCAGAGAGUGGCCAACUUUAGUUCAGAAAUAAAUGUAGAUGUUGCACAUUACCAAAUCACCAUGGAAACACUUCCAAACUAUGCACAAUACGAGGGCACAGUGACUAAGAACUUGAAGGACAACAAAUAUGAAGUUUUCCGCAGUAUUAGUAGAUUAGAUCACUAUGGCAACCAAUCUGCUUGUGUGAUGAAGCAGUACCCUGAUCUCAGAAAAUUUUGUCACUGCAGAUAAUAUUUAUGGAAUUUGAUAAGCCUUUUUUACAUAUCAUGGAUUCAAAAUCAAUUAAAUGUGUUCAUUGAGGUGGGACAAGAAGUAACUUAUCAUUAUAAGUGAUUGAAACUCCUAAAUAUAUACUUCUAGGAAUGCAGGCAGCAUUUACUGGCAUUUGAAGGUUUGGGUUAUUAUUUUUUAUAAUAUGACUAUAUAAUUGGAGGUUUCGGGGAAUACUUGUAUAGAUUUUGGUGUCUGUCUGUCUGUUUUCCACAAAAAUGUUAACUUUUGAAUGCUUGGUCCUAGGGUUUAAAUAUUUCAUGUGUAUUCCUUGUGACAAGACCAACUUUCUUUGGGUACCAACAUUUUUUUAUUGCAUAAGCUAACCUUGGAGUUUUAUUUAUUUUGGAAACACUUAAGCAAAAUUUUAACUUUGUUCUGACUUUUGAACAUUUGAUGCUGUGACUUUUACAUUUCCCAUAUGCAUACGUUGUGACAACUUUCUUUGGGUACCAUUUUCUGUUUUUGAAAAAAAAAAAACAAACAAAAAAACCCAACUUUAGAAUGGGUAAUACUCAAAUUUUUGUAUUUCACCUGUAUAUUCCUUGUGAUAAUUUUUCUUUUCUUUGAGUAACAUUUUUUUUUUUACUUCAUGACAUUUGACCUGCUUUGAAAAACUUAAACCUUAAUUACAAUGGUUCCAUGCAGGGACAUCAGUGAUUCACAAACGCAUUUUGUUCAAAUAUUUUUCUCUCUGUGAUAUUUUGAUAUAAUAGUUUUGUAAUGUAUUUCAUUGCUUAUAGAAUGCUUGAAAGGAAAACCCAAAGUGGUGAAUUUUCUUUUUAAUUUGUCAUGUCACUGCUCAUGUGACUGUGUG